AUGGGCUCCCACGUCACCCCACAACCCCACGUCCCCAAAGCCGGGGUAUGGUGUCCCGCCAUCACAUUCUUCGACCACAGCACCGACACAAUCGACCUCGUCGCACAAAAGAAAUACUACUCCUACCUAUCCAAGACCGGACUAGCAGGUCUAGUCAUCCUCGGCACAAACUCCGAGGCCUUCCUCCUCACCCGCGAAGAGCGCGCCCAAUGCAUCGCUGCCGCUCGCGAAGCCGUCGGCCCCGAUUUCCCGCUCAUGGCGGGCGUGGGUGCCCACUCCACAAAGCAGGUGCUUGAGUUAGCGCAUGAUGCUGCGGCUGCGGGCGCGAAUUACUUGCUUGUGCUCCCGCCGGCCUAUUUCGGGAAGGCGACGACGAUGGGAGUUGUGAAGAAGUUCUUUGCCGAUGUGGCGCGUCAGUCGCCCUUGCCGGUUGUUGUGUAUAACUUCCCUGGGUCUGCUGCUAGCCGGGGAGAUGGGAAGAGUAAUGUGGUGGGUGUGAAGUUGACUUGUGCUUCGGUGGGUAAGAUUACGAGGUUGGCGGCCACAUUCAAGCCAGAGGAGUUUGCUGUCUAUGGUGGUCAGAGUGAUUUCUUGAUUGGAGGACUGAGUGUUGGAUCUGCUGGCUGCAUUGCGGCGUUUGCGAAUGUGUUCCCCAAAACUGCGUCGAAGAUUUACGAGUUGUAUAAGGCCGGGAAGGUGGCGGAGGCUAUCGACUUGCAGCAGAAGGCGGCGCUAGCCGAGAGUCCUUGCAAGAGCGGCAUUGCGUCGACAAAGUAUGCUGCCGCGAUUUACUCGGCGCCCUUGGCCGGAAUUGAGGGGGCCGAGGAGAAGGCGAAGCGAGGACGCCGUAUGAGGAACCCGGAGAGGGUGCUAAGAAGACGGUGA